AUGGAGAGCGGCGACCGGGACAUGUACCGUCAGUUUCAGGACUGGUGCCUCAGGACUUACGGGGACUCGGGGAAAACCAAGACGGUGACCCGCAAAAAAUAUGAGCGGAUUGUGCAGCUCCUGAACGGCUCCGAGACGAGCUCCACGGAUAAUGCCAAAUUUAAAUUCUGGGUCAAAUCCAAAGGCUUCCAGCUCGGCAAUCCGGACGAGGUCAGCGGCAGCGGCGCUGCUGGUGGCGGCGGCGGCGGAAAGCAAGUGCUCUACGUGCCAGUCAAGACCACGGAUGGAGUUGGUGUAGAUGAGAAGCUGUCUUUGAGAAGGGUAGCUGUUGUUGAAGAUUUCUUUGACAUAAUCUACUCCAUGCAUGUGGAAACAGGGCCCAAUGGAGAACAAAUCAGAAAACAUGCAGGACAAAAAAGAACUUAUAAAGCAGUAAUUCUCUUUCACUUGUGGUCUGUCCUGAUUUUUCAUGAACCGAACUACUUUGAAUUCCACCUUGUGAUUUCAGAGACCUAUGCCUUUCUACCAAGAGAAGCGGUGACACGAUUUCUAAUGAGCUGCUCAGAGUGCCAGAAAAGAAUGCAUUUAAACCCAGAUGGAGCAGAUCAUAAAGAUAAUGGAAAGCCCCCAACUUUGGUUACCAGCAUGAUUGAUUACAAUAUGCCAAUCACAAUGGCCUACAUGAAGCACAUGAAGCUACAGUUAUUAAAUUCCCAGCAAGAUGAGGAUGAAAGCUCUUUAGAAAGUGAUGAAUUUGAUCUCAGUGACUCCACCAGGAUGUCUGCUGUGAACUCUGACCUCAGUUCAAAUCUUGAAGAAAGAAUUCAGAGUCCACAGAAUCUCCAGGGCCAGCAAGAUGAUGAUUCAGCUGCAGAGAGUUUUAACGGCAAUGAGACUGCAGGACACAGUUCCAGCACUUCAGGGGGAACACACUGCAGGGAAGUGGCAGAAGCCAACAGUAAUGGCAAAACACCUAUGGAACCAGAAGAACAGCCGCUGAACCUGAGUGACAGCCCCUUCUCUGCACAGCUCACUUCAGAAUACAGGUUAGAUGACCAAAGCAGUGAUGGAAAGAACAAGUACAAGAACAUCCUAGUAUCUGAUCUUAAGAUGGAGCAAGAGGCAAAAGAAAAUGGAAGCAAGUCACCUGCCCAUAGCUAUUCAAGCUAUGAUUCCGGCAAGAAUGAAAGCAUGGACAGAGGCGCUGAAGACCUCUCCCUGAACCGGGGAGAGGAGGAUGAGGAGGAUCAUGAUGAACAGGAAGAUGCUGAGAAGGCCAAUGAGUCUGACGGGGUAGAAGCUGAGCGUCUGAAAGCUUUCAAUAUGUUUGUCAGGCUGUUUGUAGAUGAAAACUUGGACCGAAUGGUCCCAAUCUCUAAGCAGCCCAAAGAAAAGAUCCAGGCUAUCAUUGACUCAUGCAGGCGACAAUUCCCUGAGUACCAAGAGCGUGCCAGAAAGCGUAUACGCACUUACCUCAAGUCCUGCAGGCGGAUGAAAAGGAGUGGUUUUGAGAUGUCACGGCCCAUUCCCUCACACCUUACUUCAGCAGUAGCAGAGAGUAUCCUGGCUUCAGCCUGUGAAAGCGAAAGCAGAAAUGCUGCAAAAAGGAUGCGAUUGGAUCGACAGCAGGAUGAGACUGCUCCAGCUGAUAAACCAUAUAAACAGGAACCAACCCAGGUCACUUAUUCAACAUCGGCUGUUUCCAGCACACAGGAGGUGUUGUACAUAAAUGGAAAUGGGACCUACAGUUACCAUAGUUACAGAGGGUUAGGAGGAGGUUUGCUAAAUCUCAGUGAUGCUUCUACCAGCGGUCCAACUGAUCUCAGUAUGAAGAGACAGUUAGCAACCACUUCUGGAUCUUCCAGCAGUACCAGCUCCAGACCUCAGCUGAGUCCAACUGAAAUUAACGCAGUACGGCAACUGGUUGCGGGAUACCGAGAAUCAGCUGCAUUUUUAUUGCGUUCUGCGGAUGAACUGGAAAACCUUAUUCUGCAGCAGAACUGA